AUGUCGGAAAAUAAUCAAACUUCAAGAAGUAACACCACAAACUUAGGUGUGGGCUUUAAUUACAACCCUCUGUUGGGUGGAGUCGGCUUCUCACUUAACUACAAUUCGACAACGAAUGAAACUUCAAAUACACAACGAACACUCCCACAAUCUGCAAUUGCUAGUGAGAGAAAUUAUGCUAUAGAAGCUCCACCAAGACGUGAAGAAAUUUCUGCUAUAGAAGCUGCUCCAAGAGCAAAUAACCGGUCUGAAGUUAUUGCUUUCUACAAAAAUGAAAUUCCUUCUAGGCCACAAGGUUUUUAUAUUGAAACAAUUCUAAGAGACUGGAUUGGAAAUUAUGAAAAAUUGGAUGGCUUCAAUAAUUAUAUCCAGUGGUUAUUUCCUAAUAGAUUGCCUGGACAGAACUGGUCAUGCUCCACUGUGUUUACUGAUGAAGACGUUGAAACUUUUGAAAUAAUGCUUGACUUUUUGGGAAUGAUGCUGCAUGAGGAUUCCCAAACAUUUGCUCUGACUGACAACUCCGUUGAACGACUUAAGACAAUAGUUUCUACUGCUUAG